CAAAACAUGAAGAAUAUGCUUUUUGGUCUUCAGCGAAGCGAUAAGGUCUCACAAAAAUGGAAAAACGUAGAUACCUGCAGUUUCGAAUCAUUUUUCAUUGAUUUAAGUACUUUAACAAAACAAUUAACCAAAGAUGAAAUGAAAAUCUGUCUUGAUUCAGUUAAGUAUGUGCUGGAUACCUUGAACCUGAAAUUUGCAAAAAGUUGGAAUAAGAAACGACUAGGAGAACUUUUGAUGUCACUCUGCAACAAAACUCCUGAGGAAUUAAAACCUGAAGUUAGUGUCAGAAGACGAAGACAUAAAAAUCCUGAGAAAUUAAUAACGCUCUGCAAGAGGGCAGUUAACAAUUUACCAAAGGUUGUGAUGAAUGCAGUAAUAGCUGAAGAUGAAAUGCCAGAAAGGAUCCAAAAUUGGAGGCAAUCUUUUCCAUUUUCUCCAAUAACAAGAGUAGCUGAUGAACGAUUAUGUUGGUUUUCAUGUCCUGAAUAUAAUACACGGACACUAGCAUAUCUAUUCUCAUUUCUUGAUGUCCAUCACUUGAUUACAAACUGCAGGAUAAAAGUAUGUAAGGAUGGUAUUCCAGAACGAAAGAUUUCAAAAGAUGCAUGGAUAUAUGUAGCGAGGUCAAACUUGACCAAACUGAAAGUUGCACAUGUAGUUGACCUUAUUGACAAGCAGAGUGACUCCAUUGCAAAAGAGACAUUUUCAAAAGAAGUUGAAGAAACCAUGCGUUUGAAGUUUCCAUCGGAAGCGUAUUUUUGUCAACUGAUCAGAGAUUUUUACGAAGCUGAAGACGAACCAGGAUUAAGUGCUUUUGAGAGAACGACACGACGUUUGGCUCUUAGAGAAUGGCUUCUGACAGACGUCAACUUUUGCAAGUUCCCACCAUACGGCAUGUACAUUAAUGGAAUACCAAAUGUAAUGUUCCAGGGAUUUAUGACGAACAUAGAAAGAAGAAUUCAACUGUUCCCAUAUGUGAAAUGUGGAUCCUAUUGUCCUAGAGCGCUAGGAAGUCUCGAAGCUGAGAAUCUGUUUGGUCAAUUUCAAGAUCUAGAUCCAAAAGGUACGGGUGUAAUCAAAGCGGAGGAGGUACCACAAGCUCUGGAAAUCGCUUGCCAACUUUUGAAGACCAGACUCCAACCGCAACGUCCAUUUCAUAUGACACUCUCCAAGCAGAAGGUUUACCCAACCAAUGAGCUGAUUGCGGAGAGUGAGGUCGAGUAUUCGACAAUAUAUUUGUAUCCUCAAAAGGUCGAACAAAUUACCUUGAAAAAUCACAUGUUCGAUAUGAAAAGACGGGCAAAGCGAAAAGCUCAGAGGAAGUUGGUUACAAUUUCCGCUCCUGACGAUGCAGCACGAGGUGCUCGGGGUGUUCGUCAGCAUUUCCGGGAGGACCAAAGUAAAUUAUUGGCCGACCGAAGAGCAAACAUGGAGUUUGAUCAAAUUUAAAUACUUCUUAGUG